AUGACACAGAUGAGCACAAUGACAGAGACGGAGGAAAGCCGUACUGACCAAAAGGUGGCAUCCUUUAUGGCUGCCUUUGCCUUAUCCCAGUUACCUCGUUUAGCAGUUUCAGCUGGUAAGUUUUCUGCUGUAAGGUUCAGGAUCAGUUCUGGUUACAUUCCUCUCUUCCUUAAUCAGAUGAUUAUCUCAUAUAGAAUUGCUGCUUUACUUGGGACAAUGGUGAUGAACGGGUUACUUUUGGGUUCACCUACAUUUAAGGAUCGUCUGAACAUUGUAUCUUCCAUAUGCACCUCUCUGAUGUCCCUUUGUUACGCUGUAACGUUGGUGACGUUCUACACUGGAGGGGACGAAGGAUACAUUACGGCUUAUUACUGGGGUAUUGUAUUGACAUCAUUCAUGUACGGUUGUAGUGUUGUCUCUGUAACAACCUUGGCGUCGAGUGAAAUCGCAGGAUAUUUGGCGGCUAUACCAGCGGCAUCUAUAGUCUCUUCUUCUUAUCACCUCUCAUUUGUCAAGCUUGGGAACAAAUAUAGACUUCAAAAUAUAAACUACUGGGUAGUAGUAUGGCAAAUUAUCACUGCGAUUUGUCUAGCAGUAAUUGCAGCAGGAAUUUGGAUACCUGCGUACGGCAGUAGCCAGACUAAUAAAAGUAGUACUAGUAAUGAUGAUUUUUGGACUGGUUUGAGCCUGUCUGGAUCACCACUACUUCUAGCUGCAUUCGGUUAUGGACUGCAGUAUGCCUUUUAUCCUGCUAUUGCACCUUAUAAACUUGCUGGUAUUCAAAAAGGUUUUUACAUCUCCCUGAUAUUGCUUUAUACUGGAGCAAUACCACCUGCCAUUUUACUCUAUCUAAAGGAGGCAAAGAAGGGUCCUGGCAGGAAAUGGGAUGGUGUAAAUAUCCUCUGGCAUUGGUCUUGGCUCUUUUUUGUUCUAGAAGUUACAUGUGCAUACAUUUUCACGAUUAUAUUGCACUAUCCAGACGGGUUUAUAGCCAGAACACUUCGGCAUAGUACGGUACUCCUCACACUUGUUAUUGUCUUGUAUGAUAUGUGUGUACAUACUACGAGGGGUAUUGGGUCUAACGGGGCCUCAAGGCAAACAACGAAGAAUGACGGUAAGAGUAAGAACCAACAAAUGGCUACACUAAACACAUUACUUUAUUCUAUAAUGCAGUUGGUAUGCGCUUUUAUGGGUAAUGGUUAUCUCAAGACGUACAGACAGGCAGAGAAGGAUCUAGACAACUGGCCUACUGCUCACUAUGGCUUUUUGAAAUCGCUUGGCUACUGGUGCGGCUGCUCUACAAAGUGUGCAUGCAAAAAUCUUCUGACAGCCUUCACCACAGACGUCAGAGGAUCUAUUGUUGAAAAGAGGGAAUUUCUCUAUGUCGUAUAUGCUGAUGAAGUGGAUAAUAUUAGAAAGCCUCCCAAGACAAAAGAUCCUACAGUCAUGAAGAUUGUUCAUGGUAUAUAA